ACCAGUGUCCGCCAACGUGCGCCCACACUUCGCCGCCGAGGACGUCAGGAUCGCUUUCUUCUUCUCCCCCCCUCCCCUAAAUGCGAGAUGCUUCGCCAAAUGAAAUUAAGUCGAGUGAAGCUGCUCGUGUGCGCGCAUCUCGGAGAGGAAGCGUUCACCUGCUCCUGCAUCCAAGCGGGAUAAAGCGAGUGGGAAGGUCACCGAACGCGAAGGAGGCUGCGUGCGUGGAGCAUGCUUGUGGAGGGAGGGAGCAUCUCAUACCGGCAACAUCUCCAAGUUUUGUCGGCGUGACAUUUUGCGUGUAAACAUGCCUGUCAGAAGAGGACACGUCGCUCCACAAAACACAUUUCUUGGAAUCAUUAUCCGGAAAUUCGAGGGUCAGAACCGCAAAUUUGUCAUAGCCAACGCCAGGGUGGAAAACUGUGCGGUCAUUUACUGCAACGACGGCUUCUGCGAGAUGACAGGCUUCUCCAGACCCGACAUCAUGCAGAAGCCGUGCACCUGCGACUUCCUCCACGGCGACCACACGGACAAGGAGGCCAUCGAGCAGGUGGCCCAGGCCGUGCAGGGGUCAGAGGAGCGCAAGGUGGAGAUCACCUACUACCGCAAGGAUGGCUCAGACUUCCAGUGUAACAUUCACAUCAUCCCCGUGAAGAACGAGGAAGGCGUGGUGAUGAUGUUCAUCCUCAAUUUCGAUUACAUUUUGGACGAGGGAAGUGACAACUCCACAGAGAAGAUAAGCCCCGCCUCUCCCACCAAGUCUGAUCCAAGAAUGAGUCGCUUCUUCCGCUUUCGCCAGGCUGCUUUGAGCCUGAUGAACACCAACAAGCAAUCUCUUCCGCAAGAAGACCCGGACGCUGUGAUGGUGGACUCACCCAAAGACAACGAGGACUCAGUGGCCCUGCAGAGUUUCCCCUCACCCACCAAGAGCAUUUGCAGUCCCGUCGAGGCCAACGACACACACGCCCUCAUCAGCUCCAGCCACCACUCCUCCCAGGCCAGCCUGGCUCCUGAACCCCUGGACCAUUCAUCCCCCAAACUCCUGUGGGAAAAGCUGUACCAGACAGACGCGCACCAGUCGUCUACGUCCCUGUCCCAUACCUUCCCAAGAGGAAGCAUCAGUAGCAUGAGGCGAGCGUCGUCCGUCCACGAGAUCGAAGGCUACAGCUCCAGUUCAAAGAGCAUAUUCAGGGACCGCCACACAAAUGAAGGUCCAUUUAAUCACGUCAAGUCCAGCCUGCUUGGCUCAACAUCCGAUUCAAACAUCAACAAGUACAGCACCAUCAACAAGAUCCCUCUGAUUGCACUCAACUUCAGCGAAGGGAACGACAAGAAGACUCACUCGCCGCCAACAUCGGAGAAAACCAUCAUUGCACCCAAGGUCAAAGACAGAACGCACAACGUCACAGAAAAAGUGACGCAGGUCUUGUCACUGGGAGCUGACGUGCUGCCGGAGUACAAGCUGCAGACGAACCGCAUCGACAAGUUCACCAUCCUGCAUUACAGCCCUUUUAAAGCCGUGUGGGACUGGCUGAUCUUGCUGCUGGUCAUCUACACGGCCAUCCUCACUCCUUACUCGGCCGCCUUCCUUCUCAACGACCAAGAGGAGCAGCGCAGGCGGGAAUGCGGAUACUCGUGCAGCCCGCUCAAUGUGGUGGAUCUCAUCGUGGACAUCAUGUUCAUCAUCGACAUCCUCAUCAACUUCAGGACCACUUAUGUGAACCAGAACGAGGAGGUGGUGAGCCACGCGGGCAAAAUAGCGAUCCAUUACUUCAAAGGCUGGUUCCUUAUAGACAUGGUGGCGGCCAUUCCCUUCGACCUGCUUAUCUUUGGCUCAGGAUCAGAUGAGACCACCACACUGAUCGGCCUCCUGAAGACAGCGAGGCUCCUGCGCCUGGUGCGAGUCGCCAGGAAGCUGGAUCGCUACUCGGAGUACGGCGCCGCCGUGCUGAUGCUGCUCAUGUGCAUCUUUGCCCUCAUCGCCCACUGGCUGGCCUGCAUAUGGUACGCCAUCGGCAAUGUGGAAAAGCCUUACUUGGAGCACAAGAUCGGCUGGCUGGACAAUCUGGGCGUGUCCAUAGGGAAGCGAUACAACUACAGUGAUCCCGGCUCUGGUCCCUCCAUCAAGGACAAGUAUGUCACGGCGCUCUACUUCACCUUCAGCAGUCUGACCAGUGUGGGAUUUGGCAACGUUUCCCCAAACACCAACUCUGAGAAGAUCUUUUCUAUCUGUGUCAUGCUGAUUGGCUCCCUCAUGUACGCCAGCAUCUUUGGAAACGUCUCUGCCAUCAUCCAGAGGCUGUAUUCGGGUACAGCCCGCUACCACGCACAAAUGUUGCGGGUGAAAGAGUUUAUCCGCUUUCAUCAGAUCCCCAACCCGCUGAGGCAGAGGCUGGAAGAGUACUUCCAGCACUCGUGGGCGUACACCAACGGCAUUGACAUGAACACGGUGCUAAAAGGUUUUCCAGAGUGCCUGCAGGCAGAUAUCUGUCUUCACCUCAAUAAGAAUCUUCUUCACAACUGUAAAGUGUUCCAAGGAGCCACCAAAGGCUGCCUGAGGGCCUUGGCGAUGCACUUCAAGACCACUCAUGCUCCUCCUGGAGACACUCUGGUCCACAGUGGCGACGUGCUCACUGCCCUCUACUUCCUGUCCCGCGGCUCGAUUGAGAUCCUGAAGGAUGACAUUGUGGUAGCCAUCUUGGGAAAAAACGACAUCUUUGGUGAGAUGAUCCACCUGUUUGCCAAACCUGGAAAGUCCAACGCUGACGUGCGGGCUCUGAGUUACUGUGACCUGAGCACCAUUCAGCGGGAGGAUCUUUUGGAGGUGUUGGACAUGUAUCCAGAGUUUGCUGACUACUUUUUUGCCAACCUGGAGCUUACCUUCAACCUCAGAGAUGAGUCUGUGAAGCCUCCGAGUCCUCAGGGCUGUGAUUUAGACGGUGAGGGCACAAAGAACAUGAGAAGAAGAAUCUCCUUCACGCCAGAUGCGCCCAAAUUGGAAAACAAUGAAGUCAGUAGCGACUUGGAAAGGGAGUCCGACUCGUGCCUAAAAAGAUGUUCUGAAGUCCAAGGUCCCUCGACACCAAGCACCCCAGUGUUGGACUGUAAUCUUCUCAGACACAACGAGGUCACAGACGGCUUGAGGAGAAGUCCGUCGUUUCAAGAUCUGUGCUGUGAUAAAUGGGUGUGCAAGAAGCCCGCAGACUACAUGGAUGAGUCAGCACACUUCCAGGAGCUCAGAGAAGAUGAUCAUUCUGCCAGCGAAAUCACCUACGGAGAGGUGGAACAGCGCUUAGGUCAGCUGCAAGAACAUUUAAACAGGUUGGAAUCUCAGCUGAUGUCCGACAUCCACACCAUCCUGCAGCUGCUGCAGAGGCAGCCGGCGUUAGGUCCUCCGGCUUACAGCACUGUGACCGCAAGUCCAAACUACCACGGAUCCGCCGUGAAGAUCCAGCCUGCUGCGUUGACGUCAAGCCAUUUAUUCAGCCAUACGGAAACGCAGGCUCCCAAGCACCAAGCGAAGAAGGCCUUUCAGGAAUCCAAAGACUCUGUACCGAGCUUGGCCGGUGUGAAGACGCCAGCGGACGACAACCUUGCGGCGCUGCUUUUACAAAGACCAACACAACAGCAAGCAGAGGUGAUCAAGGACCACCAGUCCACCUCCAUCCUGAUUCCAACAUCCUCCUCCUUCUCCUCUUCGCCCCCUUCUGACUCCAACCUCAACAACACUGGACUCCAGACUGUCUCAGACCAGGAGCCCCCAAGGCCAUGAAGCUCAUAAAGCUUUCAGUAUUGAUGCUGGAAGCACAUAGAAGUGGCUUUUCAUCAUCAGCAUGCUGCCACAGACUCCUAGAAUCUUCAUUUGCACUUGCUUGCUAGUACAGUAUAUUCAACCAACACCACCCUUCUCUUUUAUGCAAAACAGCACACACACUGUAUGUCCGGACAUACACACUGAAGUAUCAUAAGUAGUAUUGCUUGAUGAAGGGAAUGCUAGUACGAUAGCAUGGAAAUGCAGUAAUUAUAUUCACCAGCACUCGCUUUAAACUCUUCUCAUGAGAAUUUAGUGGGAUUUUGUAAUAAAAGUCACGCACUGUAAGUAGUAGGGCUGGCCGAUAUGGACCAAAACUCCCAUCCUGAUAUACACUCCUGAUCAAAAUCUUAAGACCAGUUGAAAAAUUGCUAGAAUUUGCAUUUUGCACAAUUGGACCUUAAUGAGGUUUUAAGUAGAGCUCCAAUAUGCAAAAACAAGAAGGGGGAGUGAGACAAAAAGUCAUUUAUUGAAAACAACAAUUAAACUGAAAUAGGCUUUUUAUCAGCUGAUCAAAAGUUUAAGACCACAGGCUAUAAAAGCCAAGAUCUGUUCAUUUUGUGUCAUCAUUCCCACUGUCAUGCCCUCCUGGUGGUGAAGCUAAGAAGCGUCCUCUUUUUCAAUGUGGUGGGAUUGUGGAGCUGCAUAAGCGAGGCCUCUCGCAGCGUGCCAUGGCUGCUGAGGUUGGGAGCAGGAAAUCAGUCAUUCUACUUUUUUGGAAAGAUCCUGAGCAUUAUGGAACAAAAAAGUCAAGCCGUCGACCCAAAAACAUCACACCUGCGCUGAGCCGGAGGAUCCCAUUGGCUGUCAUCAAGACACAGGGCGGUCUUCCACCCACAUGAAGGCCUUACUGGUGCCGACUGCAGCAAUAACCAUCAGACGCCAUCUGCAGGAAAAGGCUUAAAAAAACAAAAAAGGAAUUCAAAGACCUCGUCUCCUUCAACGCCACAAAAGUGCCCGUUUAGACUUUGCCAGGGAGCAUCAAACAUGGGACAUUGAAAGGUGGAACAAAGUUGUAUUUUCUGAUGAGAACAAAUGUAACCUUGACGGUCCAGAUGGCUUCCAACGUUACUGGCAUGACAAGGAGAUCCCACCUGAGAUGUUUUCUACCCGGCACAGUGGAGGGGGGUCCAUCAUGGUCUGGGGUGCUUUUUCAUUCAGUGGAACACCGGAGCUUCAGAUGGUGCAGGGUCGUCAAACGGAUGCAGAUGUUGCAGCGGGCAUCCUUCAUGACCGAGGGCCCUCGUCUGUGUGGUACCAGCUGGGUUCUUCAACAGGACAACGCUGCAGUUCAUAAUGCCCGCCUGACACAGGACUUCUUCAAGAGGAAUAACCUCACUAUUUUGGACCAUCCUGCAUGUUCACCUCAUUUAAAUCCCAUAGAGAACAUUUGGGAUGGAUGGCAAGGGAAGUUUCUAAAAAUGGCCAUCAGUUCCAGACAGUUGAUGCCCUUGGUGAAGCCAUCUUCACCACUUGGAGCAAUGUUCCCACUAGCCUCCUGGAAGCACUGGCAUCAAGCAUGCCCAAAGCCAUUUUGGAAGUGAUGAACAAGAACGGUGGAGCUCCUCAUUACUGAGUCCUACUGACAACAUUUUUUUUUAUAGUGUGGAGAGUUUUUUUUUAGCAAUGUUCUUAAACUUUUGAUCAGCUGAUAAACAGCCUAUUUCAGUUGGUUUUUUUUGUUGUUUUGUUUAAAUUACAAGUUGCAAACGUU